CCCAAAGUUUUAAAUAUAAAAUAUAUAUAUUUAUUCCUUAUUUUCAAGUAGAGAAAAGGUCGGCAUCAUGUUUAAUGGAAUCCCAACGAUGAUGAAAUAUGCAGCUCGAUCGCCAUAUCAGUGCGGUCCCAGUGGCUUUAGCUUUGACAAUUGCUUGCGGAACGAAAGACUCGUCGAAAACGGUAUUUCGGUGCCGAACCGUAUCAGCACUGGCACCACCAUAGUGGGCGUCACUUAUGACGGAGGCGUAAUCAUUGGCGCUGAUUCCAGGGCCACCAACGGAAACAUAAUACCCUCGAAAAAUAGCAGCAAAAUUUAUCAGCUGCAGAGCAAUAUUUUUGCUGGUGGUGCCGGAGUCGCACAAGACACAGCUGCCUUGAUGGAUGUGACGAGGGCGCAACUGGAACUCCAUCGCAUGAACACCGGAUUCCGGACAAUGCCAGUGUGCUGUGCCAACCAGUUGGUAAGGCAGUUGCUCUUCCGCUUCAAUGGAAACAUGAAGUCCAAUGUGAUAAUUGGUGGCGUGGACCCGGAUUACGGAUCGCAACUAUUUUGUACCCGGUUCGAUGGCACCACUAACAGUGUCCAAUUCACGUCCCUGGGCUCCGGUAAUAUGCCGGCCAUGGCCGUGCUGGAUUCGCGAUGGACAGCGGAUCUGGACGAGGAAUCUGCCCGCGACCUCGUCUGCGAUGCCGUAACCGUUGGCGUGGACAAUGACCUUAACUCGGGCAGCAAAGUAUGCCUGUGCAUCAUUCGCUCUGACUUCUCGGUACACCGGGAAGAGUUGGAUCUCGCCAAGAGUACGCCGGUUCGAGGCUUUCCGCUGGUUAUGAAGCCCGGCUGCACCGCCAUUCUUUCCACCAUCGAACAUAGAGUAGUGCCUUGGGGGGAGGCUCCGGUUCGAGACGGUCCUGGAAGUAAUCGUGGUGGUGGAGGAGAAAAGGAAAAUCGCAGGCGAGAGCACGAAAAUCAUGGCCCACCCAAGUCCAAAAAGAGAAGGAUGGAAUAAAACCUGAAUGCCCUCUUGUUCGACCCUCUUUCCCCCUUUCCAUCUUACUACACUUCUUACCUUUUGGCGGGCGCCAAAAAGUUUUUUUAUUGCCCAAAUUAUUUUGUUAGUUUAUUGAAUAUUAUAUUUUUGUAAAGCUAAUCCAAAAUUUUUUUAGUU